AUGCUGACAGUUUUUUUUGACUACCGUGGUGUGGUUCACUCCGAAUUCCUUCCAAAGGGAGAAACAGUGAAUAAAGAAUAUUAUUUAGGCGUCAUGAAGCGUUUGCGUGAGAGUAUCCGCCGAAAACGUCCAGAUUUGUGGCAACACAACUCAUGGAUGCUGCACCAUGAUAAUGCACCAUCACACACAGCCAUUAUAGUGAAAGAAUUUUUAGCGAAAAAUUCAACAAAAGUUCUCGACCAAGCACCGUAUUCACCUGAUAUGGCUCCGUCUGACUUUUUUUUAUUUCCCAAGUUAAAAUUACCACUUCGAGGAAAACGUUUUGAGUCGAUAGAAGCCAUAAAAAAAAAUUCGCUGAAUGAGCUAAAGGCCAUACCGCAAAUAGCCUAUGAAAAAUGUAUGGAAGACUGGGUGAAGCGUUGGAGAUGUUGUAUUGCAAGCGAUGGGGCCUACUUUGAAGGCGAUAAAAUAAAUUUAGAUGAAUAA